CGAAGAUCGCGGCACGUAGAACUGGGGUGACAGGUGCACCAUGGGAUCGCUCCGAUGUGAAAUGUUUGAAUUUGUUGGAUCAAAGCAGGAGAGUGACGCCAUGGAGCCUCUCCGAAUGGAAACCGAGCAGAUGGAGCUUGUCGGCGUGACCCAUGUUGGCGAUGCCAUCACCUUCUGGGGUCAGAAUGUGGACGACGAGAAUGCGGUGGACGCGAUUGUCAGAGCGCUGUGUGGGAAGUGCGAUUCUGCGCCAAAGGUGCAGGGACCGACAUCUACUCAGAAGAUCUAUGCAGCGCGGUACUCUGAGGACCAGUUCUGGUACCGCUGCAGAGUGCAACAACAGCAAACAGAGGACAAGUUCCAGGUGUUCUACGUGGACUACGGGAACAGCGAGGAGGUGGAGCGCUCGGUUCUGGUGGAGCUUCCAGAUGAGCUGCAGUCGGCACCGCUGGCCAAGAAGUACCGGUUCUGGGGGUUCCACAUCCCCAGCGACCAGGACGCAGCGUGCCAAGAACAGGGCAAGACCUUCCUGCUGAACCUCAUCAACGGUAAGAAGCUGCGACUGCGUAAGAAGUCGGUGUGCUUCGACGGCACCAUCCUGGUGCAGGCGUACCAGGGGAACCUCAACGUAGGAGACGAGGUUCUGAAGAUGCAGUUCGCCCGCUUCAGCGUUCCACCUGGCGGCCGCGACGGACCACUCUCCCCCCCGCGGCCCCCACAGGCCCAAGACGCUCUCUGGCCCCUCGUCCCGCUCGAACGGGCCGGGCAGGGAGAUGCAGACAACUGCCUGCCCAGGCUGAGACCCACCCUCACCGAGCAGGCCCCACAGGUGUACAGGGAGAAGAGCACAGCAACCAGUCUGCUACCUGCCAACUCUCUGAAGAAACAGGUUGAGAUGGAGCUGCUGGAAGAGAGUGAGCAGUUAAGAGACGAGUUACAGCGGCUGCAGAAGGAGGUUCAGAGUGCAACAGAGGAGAAAAAGGACUUACAGGAGGAGAACAGCUUUCUACAGCAGAGAGUUCAAGACCUGAACUCACAACUACAGCAGUUUCAGCAGGGGAUUGCGCAGACUGAGCGCGUGCAGAAGACUGCUGAGGUACAGGCGACUGGGGUGCAGACUGAGCACGUGCAGACACGUGAAACCCAGACUGAGCGCGUGCAGACGACUGGAGUGCAGAUACAGACUGAGCGCGUGCAGACAGCUGAGGUGCAGUCGAGUGAGGCACAGACUGAGCACAUGCAGAUGCCUCUCAUGGAACAGCUGUCCUGUCUGGCCAACAAAGUGGAGUCAGUUCGGAGACUAAGAGCCAGCAACUCUAGCAGUACAGUGGUAGACACACUCCUGGAAGCUGUAGAUGUCGUCGUUGACAACCGCAUCUCUGCCCCUGCUGUCAUGGAAACGUUGGAGGUGGUAUGGGCGGAGUUUGAAAAUGCUCAGGAGAAGCUGAAGGCCUGCAGCCAGAGAGAGGAGUUGGGGGCUCUCAUGGCCUUUCGGGACCGGCUGCGUGAGGAGCUCUCGAUCGCCGUGGCGACGUUCCUGCAGGAGACCAACAAGUUGCCCAUCACUGAGCGCACACACACACUGGAGGAACUGCUGAAGAGUAUGCGUGGUGUGUGUGCGGUGGGUGCAGUGGGCAGCGUUCUCCAGCAGGGGGCGUUUGAGGAGCUGCGUCACCGCAGGAGUCUGAGCCAGAAACAGAACGGAGGCGUCUGUCAUAACACUGACCGCACCCUCUCCAACCUGUGCCUCUACCUGACCAAAAGCCUGGACCAGUUGCUGUGUGUGUCGGAGCAGGUUCCUGCGUGUGUAUCAGAUGUGUGUGAGGGGGUGGACAUGAUGCUUCUACUGGCGGAAUCGGCUGUAGCUCAGGAGCUGGAGCAGUCAUCAUCUGUACAAGGCCAGAGCCAUGUAGACUCCCAGCUGAUCUCCGCUACUCAGCACAGCCUACUGCAGCUCAUUCAGACAGAACUGGCUCUGCUCAGAGACAUCAGAGACAAACACACUCUCUGCUCUCAGUUCAAGCAGCUGGCAGCACAGUGGCUGGUGGGUCCCCCUUCUCUAGCUGAGCUUCUGUCCAUUAAGAAGCAGAUCAGGAGCCUGAACACUCAGCUACGCUGGAAACAGAUGGAGGCUAGCGUUAUGGAGGAGGCAGAGGAGCCAGACCUGAUGGAGGUUCUGAAGAAGAAGGAGGAAAUCACUGGAACCAGGAAGGCCCUGUUCAAGUCCAUCAGCGCAGAGCAGAGAGAAUAUGAGAAGCUUGUUGCUCUGACAAAGAAUUUCCCUGAGCUUCCUCUUCUCCACCCAGAUGCAGACAUCCUCACCUACAUGAGGUCUGGUGGCAUGUUAUUGAAGUCUCUGGACAGAGACAUGCUGGACACGGAACCCUUAAGGGAGCUCAGUGGGAGGAGACCACUGCUCUGUUCUGAGUUCCUGGGACAAAGAGUCAUUCUGAAGGGAUACUGUGUGGAAGCGGAUGCCGAGGAGAAGGUUCUUGCCAGAGCGACGCUGUUUGGUCAGACUCAGAAGAACUGCCCCCACCUCCUCCCCCUAUUAGGACUCUUCUACGGGAAGAAUGAUCCCUUGGCCUAUGUGAUGGUCCCUUAUCUCCCUAACAGCAGUCUGAGGAUGGUGCAGAAGAGGAGUCCUCUCACUAGCUCUGAGGUGGUCAUGGCGAUGAGGGGUGUGGCUCUUGGACUUGGGGCGCUGCAUUCUGCUGGUAUUACCCAUGGUGCCCUGCACCCUGGCAAUGUGUUCGUCACCAAUCGAGAGCAGGGCAUUGUGGGAGAUUACGAUCUCACAAAGACAGCAGAACAGAGGGCAGUGGAUGGAGUGAUGAAAGCAGGGAACAUCAGCCUUCUCUCCCCAGAACGCCAGCAGGGAUCACACACACACACCACUGCUGCCUGCGACAUGUACGCCUACGGAGGACUACUGCUCUGGCUAAAUCAUCCGGACUUUGAUGGAACCAUGAACCCAGACUCUCACACACCGGACAUGAGUGCACUAAACCUGGUUGGAGCCCCUUACCAACACUUCCUGUUCAGGCUGCUGAUUGGCUGCGGCCGUCUGUUGGUUGCUGAUGUCCUGGCGGAGCAGUACUUCCUGACCAAUCAGAACACGGCCCUGGAAUGA